AUUGGGGGAAGAAGCAGCUAAGAGAAACAUCUCCCUUGCUUUCAAGAAGAGGACUCUGUUCAUGGAUUCACCCUACACUUCCAUGUCCACCAGACACCAUCUUAACCCUCCAAGAGGUUCUUUCUGGAAGUUUUUGGCCUUGUGAAGACUUUUGAUAGUUUGUUCUUGUCCUUGACUUUUUAAAAAUGAGAUUUUCUCCUGACGCUUUGAUUGCAUUUGAACUGCUCGAAAUUCUGCCUCCCGCUGUGUAGCCACCUGCCGAGGUCCCACGCUGAUACGUGGAACUUUCCCUUCUUUAUAAGGCGGCUUUUGCCUUGUGGACUUUGCAGUCACAGCCAGAAACAAAGAUGGGGAAGAGUCUGCUGUUGUUUGGUUUGGCCAUAUUGCUGCAGUUGCAGCUAGGCUCUGCUUACAAAAUUGUGUGCUAUUUCACAAACUGGUCCCAGUACAGGCCAGAGCCAGCCAAAUACUUUCCAAACAAUGUUGAUCCAAAUCUCUGUACCCAUCUGAUCUAUGCCUUUGCCACCAUGAACCAACAUAAAAUUGCACCUUAUGAAUGGAAUGACGAGGACAGGCUCUACCCAGAGUUCCAAGCACUUAAGAAAAGCAACCCCAAUCUUGUCACACUCCUCGCAAUUGGAGGCUGGAAUUUUGGCACUCAGAAGUUUACUGAAAUGGUUGCUUCAGCUGGCAAUCGGAAGAUCUUCAUUGAUUCAGUGAUAGAAUAUCUCCAUAAGUUUGGCUUUGAUGGAAUUGACCUGGACUUUGAAUACCCAGGAUCCAGGGGUAGUCCUGCUGAAGACAAGCAGCGCUUCACAAUCCUCAUUGAGGAAAUGCUGGCUGCUUUUGAAAACAAUAAAGUUGAUGGGAAAAGACUUUUGGUUACUGCAGCAGUUUCUGCGGGCAAAGGAACCAUUGAUGCAGGAUAUGAAAUUGCUAAAAUUGGAGCACUUUUAGAUUUCAUCAGCGUAAUGACAUACGAUUUCCACGGAGGCUGGGACACCUGCACAGGACAUAACAGCCCGUUGUACGUGGGGCCCAAAGACCAAGGCGAUAUGAAGUAUUUCAACUGUGACUAUGCCAUGAGGUACUGGAGGGACAACGGUGUCCCAGCUGCAAAGCUGAUGAUGGGAUUCCCCACUUAUGGGCGCACUUUCAGGCUGACUAGUUCAGACACUGGUGUUUGUGCUCCUGCUUCUGGGGCUGGCUCAGCAGGACAAUAUACCCGGGAGGCAGGCUUCUGGGCUUAUUACGAGAUCUGUACAUUUUUGAAGUCUGCCACUGUAGAAUGGAUUGAUGAACAGAAAGUUCCAUACACCUACAAAGGCAAUGAAUGGAUUGGAUAUGACAACAUUGCCAGCUACCGAUGCAAAGUCAAAUACCUGAAAGAAAACAGUUUUGGAGGUGCUAUGGUUUGGGCCAUUGAUCUGGAUGAUUUUCUGGGCACUUUCUGUAAUGAAGGAAAAUAUCCUCUAAUAUCUGAGUUGAAGAGACUUCUUGAAUCAAAUGAUCCCAUCGCCUGUGAUGGAGCAACCCCAACUCCUCCCACAGAGACAACUACAGCUCCUUCAGUUGAACCUCCACCAGACACACCAACACCUCCUCCAGGCACUACAACUACAACUACUGCGGGGCCUUCAGAUCCUGAUAACUUUUGUGCAAACCAAUCAGAUGGCAUCCAUGCUCACCCUGAAGACAACACCAAAUUCUAUAUGUGUGUUAACAACCAGACAUUUACCUUUAGCUGCGCAGCUGGGUUGGUUUUUAAUGACAGUUGUAAGUGCUGUGACUACCCUUAAAUAUUCACAGAUAGUUUCCAGCAAAAAGAGGUGAUUUACAUCAGGCAGCAUUGUAACCAACAGAAAAUGCCUUUCUUCACAAGCCAUAAGAUACUUGAGCUUACAUUUUACCUUUUCUCCAUCCAUCCUCCUGUCUUAGAUUGUAAGCCUGAAGGCAAGGAUUGUUUUACUACCAAUAUUUGUAAGCACCUUUAAGAUCCUUUCUGGAGAAUCUGUGUAAAAAUGUUAUGAAAAAAGAAAAGCACAAUUAAAAUCCAUUAGGCAUAACUAAA